AUGCUGAACUUCUAUCGAUGGAUCAUUUAUACAAAUCUCCUGUGGCAUUUAUCUGAAGCCACUAAGCCUUACAACGAACUCAAAAUCGUUCGUUGCAGCACCAUCAACACUACUCUCUCUUGUGCUGUGCUAUCUAAGGACAUGCAUUACAAAUUCACGGUAAUCCUAAGAGCUGUGACACUCAUAUUUGUAACUUCGAUUGCAGUUUUCGUCAUAGUCCAAAGAUGGGAAUCCAAAUUCCUGUUUUUCUUACUGCCCUGUUUCCUUAUUUUCUUCACCUUCAAAUCAAAGCGUCCUUCGGUGUAUCUUCAGGACUUCUCAUGUCUCAAACCACCAAGUUUCUGCAGAGUCCCAUUCUCAUACUUCCUAGAAAACGCAUCCAUGAUAGAGUCUUUUGACACUGAAAGUGUAGCUUUCAUGGCCAAGGUUCUCACUUCUUCUGGUCAAAGCGAAGAGACAUAUCUCCCUCCUGCUUUACACUACAUUCCUCCAAAAACCCAUCAAGAAGAAGCCAUUAAAGAAGUCCACAUGGUUCUCUUCCCGGUUAUGGAUGACCUUCUCUCCAAAACCGAAAUCUCCCCUUGUGAUAUUGAUAUACUCAUCGUGAAUUGCAGCGGCUUCUGUCCAUCACCUUCGCUCUGCUCCAUUAUUAUCAACAAAUACUCCAUGAGAGAGGACAUAAAAAGCUACAGUCUUUCUGGUAUGGGGUGCAGUGCAGGGGCUCUUGCCAUUGACUUGUGUCAAAAACUACUAAAAACCCACAAGAACUCAAACGCCGUCGUUUUAAGCGCUGAAAUUUUGUCGAACGGUUGGUAUUCAGGUUGUGAGAAGCCCAAGUUGCUCCUUAAUUGCCUCUUUAGAAUGGGGAGUGCAGCAGUGUUGCUUACAAACAAAAGUGAAGCCCGCAAAUCAUCAAAGUACAAGCUGUUCUGUACAUUGAGGACCCAGCAAGCCUUCGACGACAAGUCUUAUUUCUCUGCAUUUCGUGAAGAGGACUCCAAAGGCAAACUCGGGGUUACACUAAAUAGGGAUUUACUACAAGUUGCAGGAGAAUCUUUAUAUACUCACAUAUCAAUUCUCGGCUCAAAAAUCUUACCUUUCUCAGAGAAAUUUUGGCACGCUCUUUCUAUAGUUCGAAAGAGGUUUUCUGGUAAAUCAGGAGAAAUUUAUGUGCCAGAUUUUAAGAGUGUGAUAAAUCAUUUUUGCUUGCCGACUUCAGGGAGGGCAUUGAUAAGAGAGAUAUCGAAAGGGUUGAAGCUUGGGGAGGUAGAGAGUGAGGCUGCUCUGAUGACACUUCAUAGGUUUGGGAACCAGUCCUCUUCUUCCCUGUGGUACGAGUUGGCUUACAUCGAAGCUAAAGAGAGAGUAAAGAAAGGUGAUAAAGUGUGGCAGCUUGGAAUGGGAACUGGGCCGAAGUGUAACAGUGUUGUUUGGGAGUGUUUGAGGCCCAUUGUUGGGGAGUCCAAGAGAGGCCCAUGGGCCGACUGUAUUCAUCGGUUUCCAGUUAUGAAGAUUGACAAAGGCUUUUGA